AUGAUGAGCUGGUGGUCCGGCAACAACACUGCCCUGGAUGCGCAGAUUGAGAAGGCGACCAGCAGUAGCCUGGAGGACAUCGCACUCAACCUCGAAAUAUCCGACAUCAUCAGGUCUAAGACGGUCGGCCCAAAAGAAGCUAUGCGAUCGCUUAAGAGACGCAUCGGCAACCCGAACCCCAAUACUCAGCUCAGUGCCUUGAACUUGACAGAUACUUGUGUCAAGAAUGGUGGCUCACACUUCCUGGCCGAGAUAGCGUCGCGCGAGUUCAUGGACAAUUUGACCUCACUCAUGCAAGCGUCCGGCGCUGCAGGAGUUAACCACGACGUCAGGCAAAGGAUGCUCGAACUCAUACAGUCAUGGGCGGCUGCCACCGAAGGGCGCCAUGACUUGUCCUACAUCUCCGAUGUCUACAGGAACCUGCAGAAAGAAGGGUAUCAGUUUCCCCCUCGGCAAACCGUCGCCAGUAGCAUGAUUGAUAGCAGUGCGCCUCCCGAGUGGGCAGACUCCGAUGUCUGUAUGCGAUGCCGAACACCCUUCUCGUUCACGAAUCGGAAACACCACUGUCGAAAUUGUGGAAACUGCUUCGAUCAGCAAUGCUCGAGUAAACUUGUCGCGUUACCUCAUCUUGGCAUUCAAACGCCCGUGCGCGUCGACGACGGCUGCUAUGCGAAGCUUACUGGGAAAGGCCACAAGGAGCUUGAUCGAUUGCCAACCUAUCCCCAUAAGCAAAGAAGCACGUCCGUGAUGCAACCACGCAACGCGCGUGUUGACGAUGGAUUUGACGAAGACUUGAAAAAGGCUCUUGCAAUGAGUUUGGAAGAGGCGAGCGGUCAGCCGUCUGGGACGGUUGCUGCGCCGGUCACAGACAGCUUCAAGCCAAAGGGGGACGCCAGCGCCACGAAGCAGAUGGAGGAGGAGGAUGAGGAUCUCAAGGCUGCCAUUGCCGCGUCUCUUGCCGAUAUGGAAGAGCAGAAGCAACAACAUCAGGCGACCUUGAAAGAGCAGACUUCAAAUCCUCCCGUAUCUUCCACGACGACCAAUUUUACGCUCCCCAAGAACGACUACGAGCUGUCGCCCGUUGAGGCCGAGAACAUCAACCUUUUCUCAACCCUGGUCGACCGUCUACAAACACAGCCACCAGGCACGAUCUUGCGGGAACCACAGAUCCAAGAGUUGUACGAUAGUAUCGGGAGUUUGAGGCCAAAGCUAGCGCGAACGUACGGAGAAACGAUGAGCAAGCAUGAUACACUGCUUGAUCUGCACGCUAAGCUCUCGACUGUCGUUCGAUAUUACGACAAGAUGCUUGAGGAUCGCCUCUCAAAGGCGUAUAGUCAGCAGAACCUCGGCGGAUACCAGAUGCCCGGCCCUCGACAGCCAUCAGGCCCCUAUCCCUCGUUGCCUUCGCAGCAUUAUCCGCAACACGGGGGUGCCGAGAACUUCUACAACCCACACCAUCAACCUUCGUACCCCCCAUCGCAACCCUCCCAGCCGUGGCAGCAAGCUUCUGCAGUGCCGACGCCACAGCCGCAUAGUGCCUCGUACGGUCCCGUCCCCGGUGCCACUCCAGGCCAAUACCCUGCUCAACCGCAUCUUCAGCGGACACCAAGCUGGCAGCAGCCGGCAGGACCCAAGGGUCAAGAUGCCCACCAGCAACCACUCCACCAGCCAGGACAGCACGAGUACCAAAGCAUGCAGGCACCCCAACCAGGAAGCGCUGGCACGCCGUCUCAAGAUCCCCAUGCCUCUUACUACUUUGGCAACCAACAGCGGGGCCAACCGCCUGCGGAACCAUCAGCUCCGGGCCCAGCACCUGACGCCAGUCAAUCGCCGUACCCGAACUUGCAGCAGAGUCAAUACCAUCCAGGUUCAGUCUCAGCGCAGCCACAUCCUCAACCUGGUCAAACCCCAGCUCAGCCAGGGGCUGUUCAAUCUCCUGCUGCCUUGCCUGCACAACCCAGCCAGCCACCUUACUGGCAGCAGGCAACUCCAAACCAACAGCCAGUACCUCCACCGGCUGCGAACCCAGCCUAUACUGGCUACGCACCGAAUUCCUUCCCGAGUGUACCGCAAGCAGAACCUACGAAACCGAAUGCGCCCGAGGAAGCUUUGAUUGAGCUUUAG